AAAAAAAAAAAAACUAGGGCUUUCAUUUCACCUUCUUCUUCUUCUUCUUCACAAAUUUCUCCCUUUCUCACCCGAGAUCUGGUUUCUCGCUCUCUCAUUUGGAGAUUUUCUGCGUUUCGUUUCUCUGUCCCUUUCCAGUUCUUGCAGUGGCGCUUCUCUCGUCGGUCUGUUCGAUUUGCAUUGGAACUCGUAACUGAAAUGGCUGGGGGAGGAAUGAUCCGGCAGUUGCUGAGGAAAUUUCCAUCUCAAUCUUCAACCCCUCCAUUGACCUCAUCCCUUAUUUCAAAGAAUGAGGAAGCUGGCUUUGCUGGGAUGAACUCCUUUAGAAGGCUUGCUCUCCUUGGAGCAGGCAUUUCUGGGUUUUUUAGUUUCGCAACUAUAGCAUCUGCUGAUGAGGCAGAACAUGGCUUGGAGUGCCCAAACUAUCCCUGGCCUCACCAGGGCAUCUUGAGUUCAUAUGAUCAUGCUUCGAUUCGUCGUGGCCAUCAGGUUUACCAACAAGUUUGUGCAUCCUGUCAUUCCAUGUCUUUAAUAUCAUACCGUGAUUUGGUUGGUGUUGCAUAUACUGAAGAGGAGACAAAAGCAAUGGCUGCUGAAAUUGAGGUAGUUGAUGGGCCCAAUGAUGAAGGUGAGAUGUUCACUCGUCCAGGUAAACUCAGUGACCGGUUUCCUGAACCAUAUGCAAAUGAACAAGCUGCUAGAUUCGCUAAUGGUGGAGCAUAUCCUCCAGAUCUGAGCCUUAUCACAAAAGCUCGUCAUAAUGGUCAGAAUUAUGUAUUUGCCCUUCUUACUGGUUAUCGUGAUCCACCUGCUGGCGUUUCGAUCCGAGAGGGUCUGCACUAUAACCCUUAUUUCCCUGGGGGAGCAAUUGCGAUGCCUAAGAUGCUUAAUGAUGGAGCUGUCGAGUACGAAGAUGGUACCCCAGCGACAGAAGCACAGAUGGGUAAAGAUGUUGUCUCGUUCUUGUCAUGGGCUGCUGAACCAGAAAUGGAAGAAAGGAAACUGAUGGGAUUCAAAUGGAUCUUCGUGCUCUCUCUGGCUCUACUUCAGGCCGCAUAUUAUCGCCGAUUGAAGUGGUCAGUUUUGAAGUCCCGCAAGCUGGUUCUUGAUGUGGUCAAUUAGCUAGCUGACUGUGAGUUGCGUCUAUUAUUUUGCUUCUGCGAAGAAGAAAUGAAUUGGCAAUAAUUCUGUUAGAAUGUAAUGUUUCUUACGAAGCAAUUUCUUUUUUGAAUCAUAGUUGAUUUGCAGUGAAUGACCUGCAAGUGUCUGAGUUCCUCGUUUUUGAUGGAAAUAAACUUCAUACGCCGAAAUUCAUUAUUUUUGUGGUAAUUUGUCACAACAGCUGAACUCUGAUAUUCAUGUUGGAUAUAUUUGUUUGAUGAAACUUUGUAUCUGUAAGAUUUAUGUGAUAAAACAAAGAACUGUAAGGGAGGCAGCCUUAGGGGCUGUAAUGCCCCCUUCAAGGUGUC